CGAGCGGCAGGCGGGCAGGCAGGACCCCGGCCCAACAUGGCUGAAAUCAGUAUCGACCAGUCCAAGCUGCCGGGAGUGAAAGAAGUGUGCCGAGAUUUUGCUGUCCUGGAGGACCACACCCUGGCUCACAGCCUGCAGGAACAAGAAAUCGAGCAUCAUCUGGCAUCAAAUGUUCAGCGGAACCGUUUGGUUCAGCAUGACCUCCAGGUGGCGAAGCAACUCCAAGAGGAAGAUCUGAAAGCCCAGGCUCAGCUCCAGAAGCGCUACAAAGACCUUGAACAACAAGACUGUGAAAUUGCUCAGGAAAUUCAGGAGAAGCUGGCUAUUGAGGCAGAGAGACGGCGCAUUCAGGAGAAGAAGGAUGAGGAUAUAGCUCGCCUUUUGCAAGAAAAGGAGUUGCAGGAAGAGAAAAAGCGAAAGAAACACAUUCCAGAGUUCUCUGGCGCCAAUGCUUAUGGAGAUAAUUACUAUUAUGAAGAUGGAGACCAGCCAAGGUCAAGGAGGGCCAGGGAACUGGGUUCUGAAUACUCAAGGUCUCAUAAACUCCAAAGUGAGAGAAAGACACUGAAGCAGAGGAAGGAGAAAUCAAGACACCCACUGGAGAACUUGGAAGAGCUGGAAGAAUGUGGUUCAUCAGAGAGAUCCCUGUCAUCUUCAAGCUGGGACAAAGUGAGAGAUGAUCCCCAGAUUACCACUGAGCAUGAAAGGAAGCAGCUUGGUCAGGAGAGACUACGGAGACCUCCACUUCCCAAGGUUGAUGGUGAGGUGUUUCUGAGCACUGAAAGUGGUGACUGGGAGUCUAACAAUAUCCAUCGAGUGCCGAAUUGGGGAAAACAGUCCCGACACCAAGAUCGACUUUCACCCAAGUCCUCAAAGAAAGCAGGGUUUCACUGUAAGGAACCUGUAUAUGGGAGGGGCCCUGGGAAAGGUGAGCACAGAGAAAGGAGACACAGGCCCAGGAUUCCUCCCUGCUCAGAGAGUGAAGAAGUGUACCACAACCAUGACACAGGGAUGAAGCCAAGAACGAUGAAAGAACCUGUGUCUACUCCAUCACGAGUGACCCACAGGGAUCAGGAAUGGUAUGAUGCUGAAAUUGCCAGAAAACUGCAAGAAGAAGAACUUUUGGCUACCCAGGUGGACAUGAGAGCAGCUCAAGUAGCCCAGGAUGAGGAGAUUGCUCGACUUCUAAUGGCAGAAGAAAAGAAAGCGUAUAAAAAAGCCAAAGAGCGAGAGAAGUCAUCUCUGGACAAAAGGAAGCAUGACCCUGAGUGGAAGUCAAAAGCAACUAAAUCAAUACACUCAAAGUCAAAGGAGAGUGAUGAAGCUCACCGUUGUAAGAAUGACAGGCCAGCAAGGCCACCACCACCUUCCAUGAUAGAAGCUGAGGAUCUGGAUCACACUCAUUUUACAAACCAGCAUAGUUCCACACGUCAUUUCUCAAAAUCAGAGUCCUCUCAUAAAGGUUUCCAUUACAAGCAUUAAAAAACCUAGGAAUCUGCCUUGAAAAUGGACUUGCUGUAGCAAAUAUUACUGAAUGAUACAGAAAGCAUCGCACAUUUGUUUUGUUUUCCUAUGUUUGCAUUUCUGGGAUUUAUUCUCUAGUGUUUUCUGACUAUAAAUAAUUUCAGUUCAUUUCACAUGUUUUGGCUAUUCCCGAUCACUUGGGCAGUAUAAAAAAAUGUAGCUUCUGAAUAUUGGCCACCUCAGGCUACAUACACUUCCUGGGAUAUAAUAUCUAAGAUCUCCAAAAAAAUGUUAUUUUAUGAGGUAUAGAGUAUUGGUAUCUAGGAACUAGGCUUUAGUUAGCAGUUAGAAUUGCAUGAAGAUGAAUAAUCAAAGUAAAACAUAACAUUUGGAAGCAAUACAGAAUAAAAGAAUAUAAGAAAUGACUUUUUGGUGCAUUAGUGUAUGAUGUUUGGAAGGACAAGCAUUUGCUUUUGAUUUUCUUCAGGAAAAUAAAAAAGUCACAACCAUAAAAUAUUUAAAAAAACAAAAGGAACACUUGGAGCAGUUAAAAUGUUAUUCUGAACACAUAGACUUAGUAGAGGUCUUGCAUAUCUUAUAAGCCCUCCUGGGAAAAUCAACCUAGAAAUCAUUAUUUAACACUGUGCUCAUCUUUGCUCAAUAGCAAGGCUUUUAGAAAACUCCAGGCAAUUGGCCACUUAUUAGUAUUUAUUGGCCGAACUUAAUUCUUUAAAGUUUUAACUCAGGUCUGUAUAAAAUCAGCUAAAACUAAGAACCUUUACAUUUAUUUGUAGAGCUAAGGAAAAUGGAAUUGGAAGAUCAUUUCUAUGAGAUGAUACUGUCAGUCUCUGGCUGUAGAGUGAAGGUUCUGUCUUGCUUAAAAGACAGUAGUAUUUGUUGGCAAGCUCUCAAUUAUGUUUUGUGUAACUGUCCAUGAUUAGAUUAAUUCAAAAUGCAAGUUGAAUUUUAUACAAAUACUCUUUCUCUGAGUAUUUGCUUCUACAUACUUAUUAGUGGGCAUUGUAUUCCUUUUUACACAAACUUUAAGUCCCUCCUUCAAAAAAUUCAGAGGCUUUGUGUAGCUGUUCACUCAUAAAAUGUUUAUUUGCCUAUGCUACUUAGUUAACAUAAAUGGCAAUCAAAGUACAUGUAAUACAUUCCUUCAGCUUGGCUUGCUAUUGUUUAUCACUCUAUGAACUAGCAUUCUUGACAUUUCAAUAUGCUGUUUAUUUAAGAAAUACAUAGGUAUCUAGAAAGUAAGUUGUUAAUCAUUUUUGCCUUUACUGGGAACUGCCUUCUAUUUGCCUUAUCUUUGCAGAUAGUCUUAAAGUUGGGCAGUAUUCAGGGAAGCUAUUUCAAACAGAUUCUCAGAAUGGUUUUGUAUCUCUUGUUUUGAGAAAGCUCUUUGGUUUCAGAAAGUUUUAUGUAAUAGGAACUUAAGUAAAAGGCACCUGAGAAUUAAGUUUUCAACAAAUGGUAAUUUGGAAAGAAAGGGGUGUGGUCAUUUUGGGAAAAUAGAGGAAGAAGAAAAAAACAGGGCUUUGAAGAGUUGUGAUGAAAUGAAUAUGGAAAAAUCUUCAUUUGGGAAAGGAAAGCAAAAUGGAAAUAGUAGCCUUAAGUCAAAUUCCACAUAGUGAUUUGAAUAUCUAAAGUGUAGCCUUGGUGAACUUAAGAGUAAUGCUAUAUUUUUCUUUAUCUGCCCUGUGAUUUUACUUCAUGUUUUUAAUUUUUUUGUUUUAUGGUAACUUUAAAGAAAAAGUACAGUUGCAUUUUUACUUGAUAGGAAAUGGACAACAUCAUUUGCAAUAUUUUUACUUUAUAAAUGUUUAUUUUUCUAUAUCAUAAAAUGAUCAGUUUUCCUUUUUAAAACUGUACAUUUCUUUUGCUUCCCAUGUAUUUCAUUCAGUCAUAUUUAUUAUUGUAAAAUGUUAACUGGACUGGACAUACUUCAGACAAAAAAAACAAAAAAACAAAAAAAACCAAAGUCAGACCACUUACCAUAACCAGAAUGCUAGUAUUUCAGCUGUCUUGGUGAACCACCAAAAGGUAGCAUUGCCCUUGUGACAGCCAAUUCAGCAUCAGUAUUGAAGAUCUGUUAAAUUUUUUUAGGUUUUUAACAAAUUAGAAUUUUAAAAUACUUUAUUUUAUUUUAUUUUUUGUAAAGCAAACAUUUUUGUAAGAGUUUCAGUAAUUAUUUACCUAUGGAUAAUGAAAUAGAAAUCUAUUCUUUCUCGUGCAAACAAUGUAGUAAUCAUCUUUGAAAUGAUGGGCACAGUUGUGUUGUAAUGAACUGCCACUGUUACUGUUUUCUUCUCUGUCAUUUUUAUAUAAACGUGGAAACAUUUAUUUUUUUCCUACUUCUGCUGGAACACAUGAAAUUUAAUUUUUAGGCCCACAAUGUAUUAUGCUGUAUGUUGUGGUAUAAACUAAUUACCUAUGGCCUUGAUAAUUCUUUCUGUUUCUGAAUUGCUCUUCUCUGGAGGCCAGGCCCCUCUAACACCAGUGUUGCUGAAUGAGCACCAAAUGUAAGGAGCUUUAUCUUAAAACUGUUUGACAUGUACACUCUCUCUCCUACCUAAUGUUCUAUAAACCAUUGCCUAGAGGAGAGGUCAGAUGAGAGUCAAAUGUUCUGACUUGAAAAAAAAAAUGAUUCUACUAUACAAGCUACUGUUAGGUAUAAUUGUUUUCUUGAGAGAGUGAACAUUGAUUCAUACCAUCAAAAAGAACAUUGACCUUUUUUUGAAAGUGAUUUAAUAUACCAUUGAAGUACUGUUUCUCAGGUGACUUUACAGCAAUCUGCAGCAUUCCAAUGUAUUACAAAAUCAAAACAAAAACCAAACCUAAACAACAUCAAAAAAAAAAACCUGUGGGUUUUUU